AUGGAGGACUGGGACGACGGCGGCGCCGACGGGACGCACGCCGACGACAGCGGCGAGGAGGUCGAGUACACGCUCAAGGACCGCCAGGACGCCAUCAACGUCGAGCACCCGUUCGGCCUGCCGAUCUGGAAGCCCGCCCUGUACAAGAAGAGCCGCUCGAUCGCUCGUCACGCCGAGUCGGCCCUGCACGCCGCGCCGUCGUCGACCGCGCUCCACCACCUCCUGCCCUCGAACGUCGUCUGGACCGUCUCGCUCGGCACCCCCCUCUUUGCCCUGUGCGCCCUCGUCAGCGCCGUCCUCUUCAUCACGCCCUUCGGCGGCAGCAAGUACGGCCGUGUCGUGUGGGAGCUCGGCACGUACCUCUUCUGGCCCUUCGGCAAAUACGUCGAGGGCUGGACGAGCGAGCCGCACGACAUCGUCGACGAGGCCGAGCACGACGACGACGAGCACGAUCACGACGGCGCGUCGCUCCCGGACGAGCCGCUUCGCCGCAGCGACCGUACCUACGUCCCGCACGAGCGCUCGGCCCUCCUCGCGCCGCACAAGGCCUCGUCGCCUCGUGCCGGCUACGGCACUCGCGACGACAAGAACGCGCGCGCGUCGACGUCGUCGAGCGACGAGACGGCCGUCGGGUACGGCGGCAUUGCCCCGCACGAUUUUAGCAAGGACGACGACGCGCGAGGCUUCCGAGUGCGCGCGCUCGGUCGCCUCGUCUACUGGGCGACGUUCUACCUCGUCGUCGCGCCCGUCAUGCUCGUCGUCGCGGCGAUCUGCUGGGGCUGCGUCUUUACGAUCCCGAUGGCGCGCCUCCUGUGGGUCCUCCUGCGCCACCUCAACAACGAGCCCCUGUCGCUCCACUUUCGGUCGCCGCCCGAGUACGCGCCCGUCGCCCAGGACCUCGCGACCGACCUCGAGGCGCCCGACGUGCACGCCGACGGCCCGACCCACCACGCCGGGUCGAGCAUCAUCUACCCGCUCCGAGCCGGGCAGCCCGCGCCGCCGCUCCCGCGCCAGUCGCUCGUCGCCGACAAGCGCAAGGGGCGGCUGCGGGGCCCGCACCCGACCGUGCUCCUGUGCACGUACCGCGCCGCCGGGCGCGAGUACUACAAGUACACGGUCGACGGCGUGAAUGUUUGGUUCGUCAACCUGCUCGCCCUCGUGUUCCUCGCCAUCGCCGACUUCUUCCUCCUCAUGCCGUACGUCGAGCGGACGCACCCGCACGGUGGCGCCGGGUUCCUCGGGCUCCUCGUCGCGCCGCCCUUCGUCUUCUCGGCCGCGCUCCUGUCGGUCAUCCCGCUGUCGUACUUCCUCGGCAUGGCCGUCGCGUCCAUCUCGGCCCAGUCGAGCAUCGGCGUCGGCGCCGUCAUCAACGCGUCGUUCGGCUCGGUCAUCGAGAUCAUCCUGUACGGCAUCGCCCUCACCCAGGCCAAGGGCGAGCUCGUCGAGGGCUCGAUCGUCGGGUCCAUCCUCGCCGGCGUCCUCCUCAUGCCCGGCCUGUCGAUGAUUGCCGGCGCGUUCCGCCGCAAGGAGCAGCGCUUCAACGCCCGAGCCGCCGGCGUCACGAGCACGAUGCUCAUCAUGGCCCUCAUCGGCACCUUGACGCCGACGCUCUUCUACGAGAUCUACGGCUCGUUCCAGCUCACGUGCAACGACUGCGACCUCCCGACCUCGCAAGGCGGGCCCGAGUCGUGCCGGUCGUGCUACUACGAGCACGUGUCGCCCGCCGACGACCCGUUCUACCGUCAGACGGUCGUACGCCUGUCGUACUACUGCGCGAUCCUGCUCGUCCUGUCGUACCUCAUCGGCCUGUGGUUCUCGCUCAAGACGCACGCGUCCCAGAUCUGGCAAAACGCCGCCCCGUCGCAGGAACACGCUCGACCUCUCUCGACCGCCCACCCGCACCCUCAGCCGGCGACGGCGGCCGACCGUCGCUCGCUGUACCAGCGUAUCGUACCGUCGCAGCUCUUCCAGCAGGGCAAGCAUCGUGCCUCGCCGCUCGCGACGCCGCACCUCGGCCCGUCGGGCCCGAACAAGCCCGGCGAGUCGCCGCACCAGCUGCAGCAGCAACCUCAUGCCGCACCGCCGCUGCAGCUGCCCGACGGUCUCACGCCCGACGAGCUCAACCGGGCGUUCCAGGUCGUCGCGAGCGCAGCGUCGGCGCUCCACCCGCAGGCGACGGCGCCGCACCUCCGCCGCAGCGUGUCGCACGCUCGCGACCAGUCGGGGCUGCAUGCGCAUGCCGGGCAGGGCAAAGACGACGAGGAGGCCGGUCACGGCGGGCAUGACGCGCCGAACUGGAGCAGGGCCAAGAGUGCGACGGUUCUGCUCGCGUGCACGGUCCUCUACGCUGUCAUCGCCGAGAUCCUGGUGGACGUGGUCGACGUCGUUCUCGAGGGCUCGGGCAUCCCGGAGAAGCUCCUCGGCGUCACGCUCUUUGCGCUCGUGCCCAAUACGACCGAGUUCAUGAACGCCAUCUCGUUCGCGCUCAACGGCAACAUCGCCCUCUCGAUGGAAAUCGGCUCGGCGUACGCCUUGCAGGUCUGCCUCAUCCAGAUCCCGGCCAUGCUCGCCUUUACCGCCUUCUACAGCAUCGGCAAAGAGACGAUGGCUCAUCACGCGUUCACGCUCGUCUUCCCGCGGUGGGACGCUAUCGCCAUGCUCUUCAGCAUCUUCCUGAUGACCUACCUGUUCCUCGAGUCUCGCGCCAACUACAACCGCGGCGCCACGUUCGUCCUCGCCUACCUUGCGCUCAUGGGCGGCUUCCUGUUCGCCCCCGCAAACCGCGACACGAGCGACGACCCGGGCUUUGGCGGCGCCACGGUCGCCUUCGCCUCGGCCGCCCCCUGCACCUUGCCCUUUGCCCUCAAGGCCAAGGCCGUCCUCCUCUCCUUGUUCUCUCGAUAG